CGCCCACGAAACUGACGAAACCUUGUGGUACGUGUGGAUGUGAAACAGAAAUUUUAUAAAAAUUGAAGAAAACUUGAAAGAAAAUCGCAGACGAGGAAGAUGACGGAUUCGGCGAUGCAAGGUGUCAACUGGAAGGAGCUCUGGGAAGAAAUGUUGAGCGACGAAAUUAUCGCAAAUUUGAACAAAACGAGCAAAAGUAGCCCAAACUGUGUUCCCACUUUGCGCGCCAGAAUGCUGCUCAAAGUCACUUUUUCCGAAUUGCGAGGCAAAAUAGCGGAGGCCAAUUUGGCAAACCGGAAGUCUGAGGAGCAGUGGGCCAAAAACGACGUUUUGAAAGUCGUAAAUAAAAAUCUCAACUCCGAAGUCGCUAAACUGCAAGAAAAACUUGAAGCGUUGCAAGCUGAAAACCAGAGACUGAAAGAAUCUGGACAAAAAAGACUGUCGGACGAGUACAGAAAAACAAACGAAAAAAGGGUGAAAACUGAAGUGAAGCAAAAGCAGGCGUCUUUUUUUGUGCUGGACACAAAUUUAAUCAAUUCACCGUCGCCUGUGAAGAACCUUUCAGUUCCCGAAUCUCUCAGUCAAGACGAAGAUUUCAUUCUGAACACCCCGCCUAAAAACAAUGGCAAUUCUCAAAAUGAAAUUCCGCCCAGCAGUCCAGUCAUCACAGCUCGAAGAUGCUCCUCGGCCUUGUCGGUUUCAACAGCCAGUCCUGCUCCUUUGAGUCCAAGAAACACACAAGUUGAAAAGAAGGAAACCAGGAAGAUCUCAAAACUUUCCCUCAAAUUAACCCCUGCCAAGAAAGAACCGACGAAGUUGCCUGAGGCUCGAAGUUCCGAUUUGGAUAGAACGUUUUUCGAAGAUGACAACGAAGUCAAACUUUUUGACACUCCAGUUACUAGAAAGCAAACCAAGAAAGAAGAGGCUAAUUUUGGUGUGGAUCCGGAGUUGCUAAAGAAAUACGAUGGGGUAGUUGUGAGAAAGAAAGAGGAGAGGAAGAAACUUCCUGGCUGGGAGUGCCACGAAUGUAAAAAGUUCUAUGACAAUUUCUGUGAUGACAUGAGUACUCAAGAAAAAAGGGAGUUCAUCAACAAGUGCAGCAAACACCGACAAGUGAAGCCUCUUGUUGGAAACACACCUGAAGGAUUUUGGGAUUUUGGCAUUAUGGAGUCGCCGAAAAAGGGCCUCACGCAGAAGGGGAGGCUGAAUAAAAGAAACAGGAAUGAAGUGGGCACUCGACUGAUUGACAAAGCCCAAUCUGUCACUCCGUCCUUGGAGGAUGAAGUGAUCUGGGAUGACUGAGACGCAACUCUACUCUAGCCCACCGAAAAUCACGCUUGAUUUGUAAAUUUUCUGUUUUCGGCUCUCACGAAAUUGGAGAGAGCAAUAUAUUUUUAUUAUUAAAAAGCCUUGAUUUUGUUGUGAAUAACAGCCCUGAAAGUUGUCACGAAUCUUGUAAAGAGAAUAAAUAAUUUAUUUUUGUCCAAGUCAAAUAAUUCUUUUGU